AUGGCGCCUGCAAAGGAAGUGCUGCGCCAAGACAUCGAUCCUGGUCUCAACUUGAGGUUCAAGGAAGUGACGGAAGGUGCUCAAAAGCUCGAAUGCAGGUUGAAGGACUUGGAAAAGAACAUGCAGAUCAUCGUCGACGCAACGGUGAAAAACGAAAAAAGACGUGCCAAACAAACCUUUGACAAAGCGUUUAGCACAUCAGUGAGCCCUGGCUUUUCCGCGUAG